CCCACAAGCCGCAUUAGUAUUAUGAAGCGAAAAGCAAAUUCAGAAGAAAACGACAGCCCGAAGAAAACCUCUAGAUUAAAACCUGGUAGUAACCUCAAAGAUAAAAGUAGAAACUGUCCUUAUUUAGAUACUAUUAACAGAAAUGUGUUAGACUUUGACUUUGAAAAACUAUGUUCUGUUUCAAUCUCUCGAAUCAAUGUUUAUGCUUGUUUAGUUUGUGGAAAAUACUUUCAAGGCCGGGGAACCAAUACUCAUGCUUACAUGCACAGUGUUCAAGCUGGCCACCAUGUGUUUCUUAAUUUGCAAACACUAAGAUUUUACUGCAUUCCUGACAAUUAUGAAAUUAUUGAUUCAUCUUUAGAUGAUAUCACUUAUGUCUUAAAACCAACGUUUACUGAAGCAGAAAUUUCUAUCUUAGAUGUUAAUGACAAACUUUCAAGAGCUUAUGAUGGAACUACAUAUAUGCCUGGUAUUGUUGGUUUAAAUAACAUUAAAGCCAAUGACUACUGUAAUGUAAUUUUACAGGCAUUAUCUCAUGUACCUCCUCUACGUAAUUACUUCUUAAGGGAAGAAAACUAUGCUUCAAUUAAAAGGCCUCCAGGUGAUACUAUGUUCUUACUUGUGCAAAGGUUUGGUGAACUCUUGAGAAAGCUUUGGAACCCUCGUAACUUUAAAGCUCAUGUAAGUCCACAUGAAAUGUUGCAGGCUGUUGUGCUGUGCAGCAAGAAAAAAUUCCAAAUAACAGAACAAGGAAUGUUGACUUCACAGAGAUACUCCAGCCAAAUCUUCGUGACAAACAACCAAAAGCUAUUUAUGAUUUAAUUGCUAACAUUGUUCAUGACGGUGAGCCAGGAUCUGGGAAGGGAACAUAUCGUACUCACAUUCUACAUAGAGGAUCAGGGAAGUGGUAUGAAAUGCAGGAUCUUCAUGUGACAGAAAUUCUUCCACCAAUGAUUACAUUGUCUGAAGCAUAUAUUCAGAUUUGGGAAAAAAGAACUUCUGAAGACCUAUCAAAGAAUGGCAGCUGAAUUCAACAUUUUGUACAUAUCAUUGAUAUUUAGUUCCAUUUCUAAGAAAUAUCAUAUUAUUUAUGUAAUAAAUUUUUAGUAUAUAACUCAUGACUUUUUAAAUAAAGCCUAGUGCUACAAAUGUCAUAUGAUACAGAAAUCACUUACAUUGAAUUAAAUAUUGUUUGAGAAGAAUAUUAAUCAAAUUUUAAUAAAUUACGUCUCAAGUAAAUUACAUGGAAAGUACAU